AUGCUCAGGGGCUUUGAACUUGAGAGGGAAAGAAGGUGGGGAGGAGGAAAAAGGAUGAAACCCGGCAACCAGUGUACGUGCGUAAAGCUCGAGGCUCGUUGUCGGGUUUUGCCCUUUUCUUUUUUGCAUCCCUCACCCGAAGAAGGGAAAUGUGAGAACACAACACACAACCCCCUACCACCCAAGGCGGGCGGCCAACUUGUCAGCGUCUUGUGCGCAACAGGAUGGGUGGGGGGUGGGGGGGAUCCCGGGGGUGUUUCACCUUUAAUGGGGUUGGGGAUGGUGGAGAACUCUGUGCCCUCUUCUUCACGCCACGAAGGGAACGGGGAAGAGGCAUCUUUGCGGAGUACCUCUCCCGCCCGCCUCCGUGGCGCGAUGGCCAUGCAAGCGAACCUUUUACUCGGCCACAUGCGGCAGCAUAGUGAAGAGGCCAACCCUCAUGUUCUUUUCAUUGAGGCAAAUUCCACUAUGGUAGAGUGCUUAUGGCAUUGA